CUGGCGCAGCCUCCGCACAGCUCUCUGCCGUUGAGAUAUUGGUUGUACAGCCGGUGACAUUUGGCGUGGCUUCGAGCUACAUUUAUUAACUAAGGGCGACAUAUUAUUUAUUAAUUACCGAAUUUUAACCGUUUGUCGUUUCCCAAUAAAAAUGAGCACCAUUAACGUGAAGAAGCUCAAAGUUAACGAGCUGAAGGACGAGCUGAAAAAGCGAAAUCUCUCGGACAAGGGACUGAAGGCCGAGCUAAUGGAUCGCCUGCAGGCCGCGCUGGACGAAGAGGCCCUCGCCGGGGAUACCUCGGCGGCUCAGGAAGGCUCGGUAGAUGAUGGGUUCGACCAGUCUGUUGACCAAGAGGGAAUGGGAGAAGAAGAGGAAGGCGAAGGUGAAGGCCCAGUAGAGGAGAGCAUGGAAGCCAACGAGGAAGAAGCAGAGAAUGAGGACGACGGCAACGGCGUCGCCGAGGACGAAGAAAUGGGUGAGGGAGAAGACGGAGGGGACGGGGACGGAGGGGACGGGGACGAGGACGAUGAAAUGGAUCCCAUGCUGAAGGCGGAUGUGGACGACAUGGAAAAAAUUGAAGAUGGUGAGCCCGGAGACAACGCUGGAGAGGGGGAUGCGGACAAAGACACGAAUGCUGAUCAGAAGAAUAAGAAGGGUGUUAAGAGACGCCGGGAGGAACAUGGAAGGGGCUACUUUGAGUUUAUUGAAGAGAACAAAUACAGCUGGCUCACAGAGAAGAUUUCAGUGAAGCACAUUUCCAGCAAGAACUUGGAAAUCCAUGAUGUUCAGGUUGGAUGGUCYUUGUCAACUGGGACGCUGCUGCUGGGYGAGGAAGAGUUUUCCUAUGGUUACUCCUGCAAAGGGAAGAAGACCACCAACUGUGUGACUGAAGACUUUGGGGAAACGUAUGAGGAGAACGACGUCAUCUGCUGCCUCAUUGACUUUGAGGGCGAGGAGGUGGUCCUGUCCUUCACCAAGAACGGUGGGGAACCAGCCGUCGCUUUCAGGGUCCUCAAGGACUGCUUAAACGGCCAGGCCCUUUUCCCACAUGUCAUCUGUCGCAACUGCGCUGUGGAGUUUAACUUUGGCCAGAUGGAGACGCCGUACUUCCCAACGCCAGAGGGCUACACUUUCCUGCAGCAAAUCCCUGUCAGCGAGCGAGUGAGGGGGCUGAAGGGACCCCAGACUAAGGCCGACUGCGAGAUCAUUGUGAUGGUUGGUCUGCCUGGCUCUGGCAAAACUACAUGGGUCAAGAACCAAGUCCAGCAGAACCCUGGGAAGUACUACAUCCUGAGCAGUGACACCAUUGUGGACAAGAUGAUGAUCAACAGUUUGAAACGCCAGUCCAAGGAUAUCACCAAGCUGAGUGCCAUUUCCCAAAGAGCUCCACURUUCCUGGGCAAAUUCAUUGAGAUCGCUGCUCGCAAGAAGAGGAACUACAUUCUGGAUCAUGUAAGUUUUGCUCGUUCUCUGUCUCUCCAGUUCCAGCAGAGAGGAGGCGGCCGUGGAAACUUUGGGCAGAAGAACAGCAACUAUGGCAACAACAGGAACAGCGGGGGCUUUGGCAACAGGAACGGCAUGGACAAGGCUCAGGCCUUCAACCAGAGCUGGCAGCAAGGGUUCUGGAACCAGAAACCUUGGAGCCAGCAGUACCAGCCUGGAUAUUACUAAGACAGUUGUUCUUAUGGACUGGUGGCUGACACUGAGAACCCACCACUAGCCACGGAACAUCCCCUCUCUCCCUCCCCCUUUACUGUAUGACUUUGUUCCCCUAAAACCCACUUUUAAAGGUCGAAAACCCACCGACUUCCAAAACGGCGCAAGGCGAUUUGAUCUGGAUCCAGAACAUUCCACCAGAGGAGAGCAGGAAGCAGAAAACGUAAUCAGAGCUUUAUAAAGUCUAUUUGAUUGUGGGUUCUGUCUCAUUCAGACACUUUUUUUUUUCCCUUGUUGUACAUUUAAAAAAAAAAGUCCCCCCCUGUUCAACCACUUUUUAAAUGACAUGCUUUUAAAAAAAUAGUUUGUAAAAUCAGGAACAGGAAACGGAAGUGGGGCGAUUUCUGAUUUAUUUUUUUUCCCCAUUUGUUCUUCAGGGUUGUGCAUUUUAUCUGUGCUGUGAUUGCUUUGAUUUGCUUUUUUUUAUUACAAAUUGUAAAUAUUUGUUUUUCUCUGUAGCUUGUCAGACUAUAAGAAAUGUGAUGAUUGACAUAAACAGGAAAGCAGGACAGCUUCUAUUGGUAGACUGUUCAUGUCCGUGCUUUAAUGUUCAACAGUUAAACAGACGAUGGUAGAUUAAUGACUUUUUUUUUCUUUAUUUGUUCCCACCAUCAAACUUGUAAUAUCAUAGACCUACAAUAAACUACUUGUUUGCUUUUUUUUACAUUCA